CAUCAGAGAAGGACGGAAGCGUCCUAUUUCCAGGCUGUGGUAGUGGAGGUUUGUUAUGGCUUCAGAAGAUGACGUUAAUCUCCUAGUAAUUGUGGUUGAUGCGAACCCUAUAUGGUGGGGGCAGCAGGCGCUCAAUCAGUCAGCGGUCACACUUCCAAAAUGCAUCGAUGCCGUUAUGGUGAUGGGAAAUUCCCAUUUAUUUAUGGGCCGGAAUAACAAACUUGCUGUAAUUGCCAGCCAUGUUCAGGAGAGUCCCCUUCUUUUUCCGGGCAAGCAGUGGAGAUGUGGAGACUCGACUGAAGAAUCGGCCGUUCUGGAAUCUAAUGCAUCUGGCAGCAAGGAUGGCAAAUAUGAAUUACUGACUGCCGCCAAUGACCUGAUUGCCGACGAAAUUAAAGAUCUCAUGACAAAAACUGGAGAAAUUAAAGGACAACGGACUGACACUGUUCUGGCGGGAUCUUUAGCUAAAGCUCUAUGCUAUAUUAACAGGAUAAGCAAAGAAUCUAAAGCUGGAGAGGAAGUGAAGUCCCGGAUACUAGUGAUUAAGGCGGCAGAAGAUAGUGCUAUACAGUACAUGAACUUCAUGAAUGUCAUAUUUGCAGCUCAAAAACAGAAUAUUCUCAUUGAUGCAUGUGUACUGGACACGGAUUCUGGGCUUCUACAGCAGGCCUGUGACAUAACAGGUGGUCUAUAUCUGAAGAUACCACAAGUCAGCUCCCUACUGCAGUACUUACUGUGGGUCUUCCUUCCUGGUCCGGAUCAAAGAUCACAGCUGAAUCUCCCCCCUCCUGUCCACGUGGACUACAGGGCAGCGUGCUUCUGCCAUCGGAACAUGAUAGAAAUUGGUUAUGUUUGCUCUGUUUGUCUGUCAAUAUUCUGUAAUUUCAGUCCCAUCUGUACAACCUGCGAGACUGCUUUUAAGAUCUCAUUGCCACCAGUAAUGAAGGCAAAGAAGAAGAAAUUAAGACCUUUAUUUUAGGGAAAAGAUUGACUGCAAUGCAAAUUAUUACAACAAGGCUUUGAUGAACUUCUUGGACCUUCUUUAAUAAUUAAGCUUGUGUCAGAUUUUAACACCAGAGUAUCAAACCAUAGUUCACUUGUCACAAAUGACGCGGCAUUCGGCUAACGCUUCUUACAGCUGCACAAAUCAUAAGGACUCAUUUCUGGAUAAUUACAAGAGUUUGUAAAUCACACACAAUGUUGUGUUGUAAACCUAGAAGAACACCGCUGUAUGUGAUAGUUUUAUUUGUCUCUGUUAUUUAUACAUGCACAAUUUUUGUACAAAAAUAAAUAAAUAAAAAAAAGAAUGUGGACAGUU